UGCAAUAUCAAUAUUAAGUCGUGAUUGAGGGAUAUAUUCAACUGUAUUCCAAUGGCGAAGAAUACUAGAGUUUUUAACGUUGUUUUCUUUAUUUUAUUGAGUAUAGGAAUAUGUUCAGCUGCAAGAACCCUCAUCAAUCUUGAUGUCGGUAUUGGGGCCAAGGUUGGCGCCUAUGCCGGUGGCGGUGGAGGAGGUUCGGGUGGAGGUAGUGGAGGUGGAGCUGUAGCUGGUGACCAUGGUGGUUAUGCCGGUGGAAGUGGUCGCGGUGAAGGAGGUGGCAGCGGAUAUGGUGCUGGUGGGGCACCGGGAGGUGAAUAUGGCGGAGGAGGUGGCGGUGGCAGUGGUGGUGGUGGCGGAGGAGCGGCUGCUGGUGGAGCACAUGGUGGUGGAUCCGGUGCAGGUGAAGGAGGAGGAAGCGGUGGCGGAUAUGGAGCUGGUGGGGCUCCAGGGGGUGGAUAUGGUGGUGGAGGUGGCCACGGAGGUGGUGGUGGCAGCGGUGGUGCUGCUGCAGGUGGAGCACAUGGAGGUGGAUCUGGUGCAGGUGAAGGAGGAGGAAGUGGUGGUGGAUAUGGUGCUGGUGGGGCAGCAGGCGGUGGUGGUGGUGGUGGAGGAGGCCACGGAGGUGGUGGCGGAGGUGGUUCAGCAGGGGGAGCUGGUGGAGCAUCAGGUGGCGGCUACGGAGGUGGUGAAGGAGCCGGUGGCGGUGCAGGCGGAGGUCAUGGAGCUGGAGGAUACGGUGGAGGCGGUGGAGGUGGGGCCGGCGGAGGAGGAGCCUAUGCCGGUGGUGAAGGGGGUGGACAUGCAGGUGGAUAUGGUGGUGGUGAAGGGGGUGGAUCCGGACAUGGUGGUGGUGGCGGCUAUGCCCCUUGAAAGCUUAUUCUCUUCACAAUUUGUGAACAAUAUAGGAUUUCCUCUUAUCUAAACUAUUAAAAAUAACAUGAUCAAAUUAUGGUAAGAGCAGGUCUAAUUGAUGAAAGCAAAUUAAUAUUGUUGCAGCUAGAAAAGUGCUCUUAAUAUAUGUGCACGCUUGUUUUUACUUUUAGUUUUAAUGUAAGAAAGAUGUCUAAACAAAGAUAUCUUCUGCAAAUUGGUGCAUUUAAUUAAUGUAAUAAAAUGGUUUGGCAAA